AUGGUGAUUUACCUACCCCUAUACCUUCUCGUCUUAGGAAUAGCGACUACCACGAUUAGUCAGCCUCAUUUGUUGUGCGCCUGCGAGAGCGGUAGACGUGAUGGAGUUGACGAUACCCGAACUUUGAAAGUUGUCAAAGGCACUGGAGGCAGAUUUGUUUUUAGUAUAUAUUGGACAAAAGCCGAAGGCGCUCCGCACGAAGGCAACUAUGCUCAUGCUAUAAACGGCACUAUUACGAAAAAAGGGACUAACAUCCAAGCCCAUGACGAUGGUCUCAUCGGCGGAGAGGAGAUGAACAGUUUAUGUCCUGAACAUUCCACUUGCUUCUCGCCUAAUCUUAAGGCCAAAUCGACCCACUCCUGCGGUCCAGACGGGAAAUAUGGGUGCGUCAGCGCUUGGUUAUCUGUUAACUGGGAAGGACAAAUCCAAUAG